CUCUCUGCCUCCUCUCUUUCCCUUCAAAGCUACAGGAUGGUUGCAAGCCUUGUGUUGCUGUGGGCUGGUCACGGGUUCUCCUGUGUGUAUUUCAGAAGGCGAGGAGCCCGUAUCGUGCAGCUUCGUGGUAUUGAGUGCGCUGUGCUGCUUGCACGCUGUUGGUUGUCCGGCGUCGCUUCGAAGCGCUUUAUAGAUUGACAGCGAGUCGCUGUACAAGCGGAAUUACAAUCGCUUCAUUACUGCUGGUCUGCGGGACAGGGGGCUUACACCGGCUCGUGUUGAAUAAUAAUAAUAAUAAUAAUAAUAAUAAUAAUAAUAAUAAUAAUAAUAAUAAUAAUAAUAACAACAAUCCCAUCACCUGGAAACCUGCUUUUUGACUUUACCGCCGCUCCGCGCUCAUCUCACCUGAGUGUCCCGGGAAAGACGCGUGCUUCUUGGGGAUAAGGAAAGCAAGCCCCGCGUUCUGAAAAGGGCUGCAGGCAUUCGAUUGGACUGACCAGCAGGAGGAGGAGCUCUGACUGGUGACCAGCCACUCAGCGCAGUACACACUCAGAGAGGACUAUUCCUGUGCACGAGGGGAGUGCAGGAGGAGGUGGGGACGGCAGUGUCUCCCGGCCGCACGGCUAUGCGCGAGUGUGAUAGCGGGUCACGGCCAUGGAGACGGACAGCUACAGGGGGCUCCUGGAGACCAGCGACGGCUUUGACCCCGAGUUGGGGGGCUGGUCCCUGCCCUACCCGCUGUGGCUCCAGGUCUCCCUCACAGGCUUCCUGAUGCUGGAGAUCGUGCUGGGCUUCAGCAGCAACCUGACUGUGCUGGUGCUCUACUGCAUGCAGUCCAGCCUGGUGGACUCGGUCAGCAACACGGUGACCAUGAACCUGCACGUGCUGGACAUCAUCGUGUGCGUGGUGUGCGCGCCGCUCACCAUCGUGGUCAUCCUGCUGCCACUGGAGCACAACGCAGCCCUGCUAUGCUGCUUCCACGAGGCCUGCGUCACCUUCACCAGCAUCGCCACGGCCGUCAAUGUGCUGGUCAUCAGCAUGGACCGCUACGACAUCUCCGUGCGGCCCGCCAACCGCAUCCUGACCCCUCCCCGCGCCGCCCUGCUGCUGGCCUGUGUGUGGGCCGUCUCCCUGGCCGUCUUCUUCAUCCCCUUUCUGGAGGUGCGCUUUUUCGGGGACCCGGGUGAGGGGGGCGGCAGUGAAGCGGCCUGGGAGAACCGCACCCUGCUGUGCCUGAGCGGGGCAGGAGGGAGGUGGCAGGCGGACUAUCACAGAGAGCUGGGAAUGUACUACCAUCUGCUCCUUCAGAUCCCCAUGUUCUUCGUGGCCAUGGUGGUCAUGCUGGUCACCUACUACAAAAUCCUGCAGGCGCUCAACAUCAAGAUCGGCUCACACUUCAAGAGGAGCCAGCGGCGCAAGAACGCCGGGAGCAGCGGGAGCGUCGGCAACAGCAGCAACAAGAACAAGAACAAGAAGAAGAAGAGGAAAUCUUCCGGCCAGAUGGUCACUGCCCCCAGCGAGACCAAACUCCUGACCCAGCCCCCUCCCCUCAUCCCCAGCUCCACCCCCCAGCCCCCAGCCCCUCAGAUGGGGGUCCAGGCUUCCGUCUCGGUCAUCAUCGCCCUGCGGAGGGCGGUGAAGCGGCACCGGGACCGUCGUGAGCGCCAGAAGAGGGUGUUCCGGAUGUCUGUGAUCAUCAUCUCCACGUUCCUGGGCUGCUGGGCUCCCAUCUCGGUGGUGAACCUGCUGAUCCUGUGCCUGGGCCCCAGCGACAGCCUGGUGACAGUGCGGAUCUGCUUCCUCGCCCUGGCGUACGGCUCCACCGUCUUCCACCCUCUGCUCUACGCCUUCACCCGGCAGAAGCUGCGCAAGGUGCUGAAGAGCAAGGUGCGGAAGCGCGUGGUGUCGCUGCUGCAGGUCGACCCAGCCCCCAGCGGCACCGUCAUCCACAACUCCUGGGUGGAGCCCAGGAAGGGGGGCCGCAGGCCGAGGCUGGAGUGCAGCGACGCCACGGACCGCUGCCUCACCGAGGCUGUCAGGGAGUGACUCUCUGCCCUUUUACACCCCUCCCUCCCGCCUUUCUUUAUUUCCUGCCUUCUCUCUCCCAACCUCUUUCCUCUCUCUCUUCCUUCCUUUCCAUUCCCCCCAUUUUUUCCACCUUGCUUAUUUUCUUUGUUUAAUUCUUCUCUCUUCUUUUCCUCGUUUCCCUUCUUUUCCCUGCUCUCUCCUUGAUUUCUUGCCUUCCAUCAUCUCUGCUGUCUUUCCUCUUUUUUCCUCCAUGUCCCUGUCCCUCCAUUCCCUUUUCCCUUCCUCUCUUAUUAUUAUUAUUAUUAUUAUUUAUUUCUUAGCAGACGCCCUUAUCCAGGGCGACUUACAAUCGCAAGCAAAUACAAAUACAUUCAAGUGUUACAAUAUAAGUCAUACAAUAAGAACAAGAAAUACAAUAAUUCUCAAGUGUGACAAACCACAAUUCAAUAAUACAGCAGAUAAUAGUGAAAGUUACAUCAGGAUAUGAUUAAGUAGUGAUAGUUACAUCAGGAUAUGAUUAAGUACAAAAUACUACAGAUUAAACACUUGGCAGAUUACAAUAUUCUGAGGUACAGGAUUAAAUGCAGUAAAAUAGGGGGCAGAUAAGAGCAAAAUAAAGCAUAUUUAAAUGAAGGGUGAUAGUGUCCCAGGAUACAACAGAGGAGUUCUACAGGUGCUGUUUGAAGAGGUGAGUCUUAAGGAGGCGCCGGAAUGUGGUCAGGGACUGGGCAGUCCUGACAUCUGUAGAGCCCCUUGCCUCAGUCUUCCUCCCUUCCCUGUAUUAUUGUAUUUGCCUUGUCUCGUUUUAUUGAGAAAACAACCAGCAAAACUCUCUCUCUUUUUCUGACUCUGUAGACUGCAACCAUUGCAACAGGUGCAGCAGCACAGUGUGUAUCCUCAUGUGUGAAUAACCACAGCACUCUAUGAACAUUCACAGUGCAUUCUGUAUAUACACCAAGUACAAUGAAUGGGACAGAAAGUCUGUUCAGAUCUGUGAUACUGGAGAAUCACUUUCCUUAGAUCGAGCUCCGUAGGGUAAGGAACAGAGCGAUUCGCCUGCUCAUUCUGUCACUGGAUUUGAAUGAAUUGAAGAUAGAUUCUAGAAUGAUUAUUGGAUUUGAAUGAAUUGAAGAUAGAUUCUAGAAUGAUUAUUGGAUUUGAAUGAAUUGAAGAUAGAUUCUAGAAUGAUUAUUGGAGUUGAAUGAAUUGAAGAUAGAUUCUAGAAUAUUUAUUGGAUUUGAAUGAAUUGAAGAUAGAUUCUAGAAUGAGAUCCAGUAAGAAGAACACUCACUCAGGAUCACCAUUUCUAUGUAAAAGUUAUUCGAUGCUGGAGAUCUCAACGCUUGUGGUAUGAAGAACAUGAAUUCGCUAAGCGGGACUUGAAUGGAUCAAUCCCAUAGUGACUGUAAGGUUAGCAUUCAUUGCAAAGCUCUUGUGGGGUGGGUCCCUGUGGAGACGUUCCUGGCAGUGUGGAUGCAAGAAGCAUCUGGAAGUGAGAGCUUGUUUCUAGUUUGUGGGGGGAGCGGGAUACAACAUGUUUCUGUAAUAAAGACUGUGUGACAAUUCCUUACUCAACCACUGCCUGUUACCCCAGACCAGCUUCAGAUCUGCAGUGCUGUCCAGAUACAGUGUACAGGAUACAUGUGCAAUAGGGCCCCACAGGGGGGGUGGGCGUAUAGGUCAAAUAUACGGAUGCCCCCGAGGAGUCUGUGUGUUGGACGAAUACACACACCCCGAAGGGCCGUACUGAAUUUAUCAUUCAGGUCAAACACUAGAUUUGAAAAAACAAAAAGCAUAAAUGAUGCUUCGGGCAAAAAAAUGAUUCUUUUUUUUUAUUAAAUAUCCUGACGCCAAUAAAGUAGUCCCGUUUAUAACUUUGAACUGCA